AUGUCUUCACAACUAGGAGUCUCUGCACGGUUCUUACAAAAGAGUGUUCGCCAUUACACUUCCAAAGCUAUUUUGACCCCCGGUCAAACAUUGCAAGGUUACCAAGUUCAACAGGUUCGCAAAGUACCCGAGCUCGAGCUUACAGCCAUUACACUGAAACACGAGGCUACUGGAGCUCAACAUUUGCAUAUCGACAGAGAUGAUUCCAACAAUGUAUUUGCAGUUGGAUUUCACACACCCGUCAGCAAUGAUACCGGUGUUCCGCAUAUUCUGGAACAUACAACAUUAUGUGGAAGUCGAAAGUAUCCAGUGAGAGAUCCCUUCUUCAAGAUGCUGAAUCGUAGUUUGGCUACAUUUAUGAACGCAUUUACUGCCAGCGAUUAUACAGUUUACCCAUUUGCUACCACCAAUCCAGCUGACUACAACAACCUCAGAGAUGUCUACAUGGAUGCAGUCUUGCACCCCAAGUUGGACAGAUUGGAUUUUAAGCAAGAGGGAUGGCGCUUAGAGCAUCAAAUACCUACUGAUACAACUACGCCAAUUCAAUUCAAGGGUGUUGUAUACAAUGAGAUGAAGGGCCAAACAUCUGACGCCAACUAUUUAUAUUACAUUCGCAUGCAACAAGCCAUGUUCCCUGGCACCACCUACGAAUAUUGCAGUGGAGGAGAUCCCAAGUAUAUCACAGAUUUAACACAUCAACAACUGUUGGAUUUCCACAAGAAGCAUUAUCACCCCAGCAACGCUAGAUUCUACACCUACGGCAACUUCCCAUUAGAGGAUCAUUUAGCAGCUAUUGGAGAGCGUCUUCAGGGAUUCGAAAAGUCUAAAGUGCCAUUUGUAAACAAGGUAGCUACUCCAUGGACUGAAGCAAAGAGUGUGGAAACAACAUGUGCAUUGGAUCCUAUGAGUCCCAUUGAUAGACAAACCAAGCUAUCAUUGUCCUAUCUCACCAACGAAUCUACCGACGCCUUUGAGACAUUUUCUAUGCGUUUGUUGUCCUAUCUUUUGUUGGAUGGACAUGCCUCUCCCAUGUACAAGGCUUUGAUUGACACCAAUCUUGGCUCAGAAUUCUCCUCCAAUACCGGAUAUGACAGCAGCACCAAGACAAGUUGCAUGUCGAUUGGUUUGCAAGGUGUCAAGGAUUCAGAUGUGGAUAAAGUAAAGUCAACCAUUACAUCUGUUCUUGAACAGGUAAAGCAAGAGGGCUUUAAUCCCAAGAGAAUUGAGGCUGCUAUUCAUCAAAUGGAGCUUAGCCAGAAGCAUAAAACCGCUGACUUUGGUCUUUCUAUCAUGCAUGGUAUUACCUCUGGCUGGUUUAAUGGUGUAGACCCCGUGGAUCUCUUGGAAGUCAACAAGAACAUUGAGCGGCUCAAGUCAGAAUUAGCCAAGGGAGACUUUUUCCAAAGCCGUAUCGACAAGUACUUUUUGCAAAACAAACACACGUUAUCCUUUGUCAUGCGUCCUGAAGAGAACUACGGCGCCAACUUAUUAGCAGAAGAAAAGGAUAGAUUAGCCAAGAAAUUAGAAGCAUUGACCGACGAAGAUAAGAAGCAAAUUGCUCAAGACGGCAGAGAUUUAUUAGCCUCUCAAGAUGGCACCGAAGAUUUAUCCUGUUUGCCCUCACUGCAGCUCAGUGAUAUUGCUCUCAAGGCCAAGCACACUGUUUUGGAGCACACUGGCCUUUGCAACACACCUGUUCAGUGGAGAACUACAUCUACCAAUGGCAUCACUUACUUUAGAGCCAUCAGCACAUUGCCCACCCUCUCCGAUGAUUUAAAGUUGUACUUGCCACUGUUCUGUGAUUCACUGUUGUCAUUGGGUACUCGCGAUCAAUCCAUGGCUGAAAUUGACGACGAAAUCAGACUGUAUACCGGCGGUCUCCGUGCCUCCACCACAUUGACUACCAAUCACUCUGACAUUGAUCACAUCGAGGAAGGCAUUGCAUUGGUUGGCAACUGCCUGGACCGCAAUAUUGACAAAAUGUACACUAUUCUAGCCAAGCUGAUCCAUGAAACCAACUUUGAUGAUGUAGAGAGACUCAAGACAUUGAUCAAUGGCAACGCCUCUUCCAUGGUGAAUUCGAUUGCAGACUCUGGCCAUGUCUUUGCCCGCACUUUUGCUGGAUCCAGCCUUACCCCUGGCAUGCAUAAUUCUGAACUCUUGGGUGGCAUGACGCAAGUAAACUUCAUGAGCCGUCUGGCUGCAGAGGAGGAUGUAUCUGAUGUGGUUGACAAGUUGAAGCAAAUCGCAUCUACUGUGCUGACUCAAUCAUCGCUUCGUAUUGCCAUUACAUCAGGUGAAGAUGCAGUUGAGAGUAACACAAAGGCCUUGGUCAAAUUCAUUGAAGGACUACCUGCUGAGGGUAAAUCAAUUGCCAGUAGCGUCGAUUCCAACGUUUUCAAGCCUCACUACAAAAAGACAUUCUUCCCAUUGCCAUUCCAAGUGAACUUUUCUGCCAAGGUGCUCCGUGGUGUCCCUUACACGCAUGCCGAUGGCGCUAGUCUGCAAGUAUUAUCAUCAUUAAUGACUAAUCACUAUCUUCAUCGUGAGAUAAGAGAGAAGAAUGGUGCCUAUGGUGGUGGCGCCCGUUAUGCUGGAUUGAAUGGCAUCUUUUCGUUCUACUCUUACAGAGAUCCUCGCACAUUAGAGACGUUAGAUACCUACAAUCAGUCAAUCGACUGGGCUCAACAGCGCAAGUUUACGGAUCAGGAGAUCACUGAGUCCAAGUUAUCCAUCUUCCAAGGCAUCGACUGUCCUCAAAGCGUAUCUGAAGAAGGCAUGCUUCAGUUUGUAAAUGGCGUAUCAGAUGAAAUGAGACAAAUGCGCCGUGAAGCACUUUUGAAGGUGACUCAAGAUGACAUUAAACGAGUUGCACAUGAAUAUCUGGAUGUGCCCUCCAAGCAGACCGAGUACUCUAUUGCAUUGCUGGGCGAGUCCAAUGACAAGAUCGCAGCCGAGCAUGGUUGGACUAUCAAUCAGUGGGGAGAGGCAGUGAAAGAUGUUUAA